CGUCACCUUAGGGCGCACCGCUGCAACUUUUCUGUUCCUCUUUCUGCGAUCACCCACGAGAGUCACCUCACGAUUGUCAGUCGGACCUGUAUGGCCCCAUCGAUCGCCAUGUCAGCUUUGACUGCUGGUUUGAAAACCGAAGAUCUCCCCUCCCGCUCGGUUCUCGUCGGUAGAGGCGAGAAGCAGACCAGUCUGAGCCCCGCGGAGGACACUGGGAAGCCCAAAGUUGCUAUUCUGCCCUUCAGCGUCGAGGCGCUGAUGGCUGAUAGGAAACCGAGCAGAGAGGUGCAUUCACCCGAUGCCCCGUCGGUUGCCGGGACGUCCCAAGCGCUGGGAAAGGGCGUACGGAUGGGCUCUUUCGGUAGUCUGGAUACUUCCGUUCCUGCUAUACCCAUGAGCUCCUCGUUUUCAGUGGGUGAGCUCAUGAACAUGCCAGAAGACGUGUUGAUUAAACCCGAGAGCCCGGACAGUCAAGAGAGGACUUCAUGGAUACAAAGCCCUCGUUUUUCUCCUACACCUCCACGAAGGUUGAGUCCUCCUGCCUGUCCACUGCGAAAACACAAGACGAACAGAAAACCCCGGACCCCCUUCACGACGUCCCAGCUGCUGGCCCUGGAAAGGAAGUUUCGCCAGAAGCAGUACCUUUCCAUCGCCGAGCGCGCAGAGUUCUCCAGUUCCCUCAACUUGACGGAGACCCAGGUUAAAAUCUGGUUUCAGAACAGGAGAGCCAAAGCCAAGCGACUACAGGAGGCAGAACUUGAAAAACUGAAAAUGGCAGCUAAGCCUAUGCUGCCUCCAGCAUUCGGGAUUUCAUUUCCUCUCGGUGCGCACGUCCCCGCAUCCUACGCAGGGUCGCACCCGUUCCAGAGGCACUCGCUGCCGGUUUCCCCCGUGGGACUGUACGCCGCUCACGUCGGAUACAGUAUGUACCACCUCGCUUGAUAGGGACGGAGGACGAAGGGCACGUGCAGAGGGACACAAGGGGGUUCAGACUACUUUCUGAGGGCCCCAAUCGCGAGGGGGUUCUGUGGACAGGUGAGGUGACGCUGUACUAAAUAAAGAGGCAUCCUGGCGGAGAGCUCACUGUCACAUCUUGUCAGGGGGCCAGUUUCCUCCAAACAGACCCCCUUCUGAGGACCUUGAAGUUUAUCCACUUCUCUUGACCUCGCCAGUAAGUUCACACACACUGCAAAAAUAAUCCAACUUCAUUAGUCAUUUAAUCUUGAGUCUUAAAUCUGUUUUUUUUGUCAGUGGACCAAAUCUGCCAAAGCAGUGAAACAAAUUUAUAAAGCCAAUCAAGAACAAAUUGAUACAUCUUAUUUCAGAACAAUAAGAUGAGACUAAAUGACUUAAAGAUGGACAUUUUUGUGGUGCAGAGGUGGAAAACAACUUAGUGCCUGUAGGCCUAUGAUAUAUCACGAAUGGACAGUCAAGUAUGGACAGCAGGCCGUGUGUCAAAAGCCCACUCCUUCGCCCUCAUGCUUGCAGGUAAAAGGGUCAUACAGAAAGAGACAAUUGCGCAGCUUGACAUUUUGCACCAACAAACUAAUGUUGGGCUUCCAUUGCAUCUGUGGGCUGCACUCACACUGCAAACACACACACACACACACACACACGUUUUAAAUAUUUUUUGCAUUCAUAUCAAUGCGUAACUACAGGGGUUACUGAUCCAGUGUCAAUGAAUGCUCUUUGUGAAUUUGGAGAACCACAGCAUUUGUUUUUUGUUUUUUUGUUUUUUUUUAUAACAGCACUGUCUGUUGUUGGAAUGAUUCCCUUCGGAAGGGAUAUGUGUACUGUAAAAUAAUGUAUAUUUGAAGAAUAUCCUCAUUUAUAUUAUGAAUAUAUUUGUGACAUAACUUAACAAUAAAUUGUUUAUUCUUUUUCAUUAA